AAAUGUUACAGCCUUUAGACGUCGUUGGAUGAUUUCGAUCACAUGUGGACGGAAUGGAUGUCGGAACAUAAUUAAAAAAUCACAGGUAAAACGUCUCGUCGGUGAAUCUGAAAGUUGACAAACCGCUGAAAGUACAUUGAUUGACGUUCUUCUUGCCCUUCAAGAUAAGAUGUCCUGCAGUCGUCUACAUUCUUUUAUGAUGAUGUUUUAUACAUAGUUGGGCGGAAUAUGGGCAUUGGAACGUCCACGAUGGCCACGAACAAUCGCGUUCUCAAUCAGCCGUAGUAGAAGUUGGAUUUUUUGUGUCGGGUGCAUUCGUGUUUCAGUUAUUUUGUUCUAACAGGACUGAAAAAGGUACUCCCUCUAGCUCAUAGGUGUAUGCGGCGGGUUACAUACGCCCAUGUGAAGACAUUUUUCAAUAGGAUUGGUGCAAAUUACCAGUCGUCAACAAAGUCCGACUCAAAGACAUGCUAUUAGUGAUACGAUGUUUUCUUGUGUUUAUCAUUACGACGGCAGCGCAAUGCCCGAAGUUAAUACAACAACCAAACAAAACUCCAUGCAUUCAUGACGAUGUUCAGCCCAUGGCGGUUCCAAGCAGCAAAGUGCAAUACGGUAGAGAUAGGACUAAAAGAAAUGCUGCAGACGAAUCUCCCUAUCAGCCGAUUCGAAUACAUACUGUAUUUCAUCAGUUGGAUGAAGAAUUAACAGCCGUCCAAGAGAAGAGGUUAGAACGAGUUGUUGGUAGAGCUGUCGCCAUUAUCCAGUUGUUUCUAUCAGUCAUUCCAGUGUCAGGACCACUCUUGUUGUCAAGAAAAGACGACGCAUGCAGAGCUAUUUGGAUAGUCGGACCAAAUAUGGGGAAGUGUGAAUCUGUUGGAGAUGCUUACUCAGGAGAAUAUUGUCUUGAAGAAUUUAAGAUUCCCGAUGAUCACUUAACAGGGUUAUGGAUAUGGGAUAAUGUGAAUGAAGCACCUUCUCAAGAAGUCUAUUCCGACGGAGCUGGUAUUCCCAAUUCUGAUUUUGUAUUGUAUGUCAGAGCUAAACAUACUACAUCUUGUAACUCAGGGCAGGAUGUAAUAGCAUAUGCUGCAUACUGUAACUUAGAUCAGUAUGAUCGUCCAAUUGCAGGCUAUUCUAACUUCUGCCCUCUUCAUCUCAGCGACGACAUUUACGAUGAAGACACUUUCAUCUUGACAGCAGCACAUGAAAUAUUCCAUGCACUUGGAUUUUCAAGUAUGCUAUAUGAUAAAUUUAAAGAGUGUACAUAUGAUUCAAAUGGACUCGCCUGUGUUAACAGACCAGAUCUGCAUGUUACUGAUACAGAGGGACAAAUAAGACUAGCCACUCCAGCUGUUGUUAAUAAGACCAAUACACAUUUUGGUUGCUUUGAUGCUGAUUUUGGUGGUCCACUGGAGAAUAAUCAGUUUUCUAUGGACUCCUAUAGCUCACAUUGGGAGGCAAGAUUCAUGUUUGGAUCUCUCAUGACAUCUACAAUAGGACUGCCUCAUCUUACAUUUAUUGAUCCAAUCACACUGGCUGUAUUUGAAGACACUGGCUGGUACCAAGUCAACUAUGACAAUGCACAGAGUUUCCCUUGGGGUAUGAAUCAGGGAUGCCAGUUUGGUGUGGCCGCACAUUGUGAUGAAGAUGAAAAUUUCUUUUGCAUUGGAAGUUCUAUUGGUUGUCAUUAUUUACAUAAAGAUAAGGGGGUUUGUUCUACAAAUGACUACUUAGAUGAAUGUAGAAUUUACAAAGCCGAAUCAGAGUACACAUGUUUUAAUCCUGACAACGCAGUGAAUGAUUACUCUACUUACGGUGAAAUAUACGACUCGGACAGCAGAUGUUUUCUUGCCUCCCUCAGUGAUACAAGAACGGAUGUUGCCACUGCAGGUAGGUGUUACAGGGCACGAUGCAAUGAUACUAACACACUAGAGGUGAAAGUAGGAGAUGCUCCAUGGCAGAUGUGUCCUUCUGGUUCUACCAUUAAUAUUCCAGAUUAUUAUGGAGAACUUCAAUGUCCGAUAUCUGAUAUAUUAUGUAGAGCUGAGAUUGAUUUAUUAGUAUUUCCAUCCACAAGUCCUUUGCCAGAACAAUCCACCGUUGGCCAUUAUGACGACAAUUAUGACAUUGCUGUUGAGAUGGUAAUCAUCAUGGAGUACACACUGAUAUCGAAUGAACAACAACUAGAGAAAUUUAAGGAAGCUGUUUCCAUGGCAAUCACCAAUGCUCUGCACAUUUCUGAGUCACGCAUUGUCAUCCUGGAAGUGAAUGAGGGCAGUGUUGUAGUGAUAUUAGAAAUUCUGGCUGGCGACAGUGGAGAAGUAACAUCAUCUCAAAUCCUAAUACAGUUGAAAGAGUUAGUUGAUAAUGAGCUGUUGCUGAUUGAGUUUCAACACAUCAACCUACACAGUUACAUCAAUAAGGCAACUGGAAGACCCAACAGCAACGACAAAGCAGAGUGAUGGGCUGAGUAAUCACAUAAUAGGUGUCAUAGUAGCUGUGUUGUGUGUCAGCGUCAUAUUAGCUCUUCUGCUCGUCAUUGCUCUGUGUAAAACAAAGAAGCACCGUCGCAUCAUCGCUCCAGUCUACAUGGAAGAUGGCCAAACAGUAGCAGAACUCCAAAUCACUUCAGAGAAGAGGGACAGCGAGUCUUCGCUUGUCAGUAUUCAUAGCUGAAGAGAAUAAUGUUUGAUUUCAAACUAGUGUAGAUUUUAUAUGUGAAAUACACAUGAAUUUAUAUUAAAUAUGACAAAGAAGAUUUGAAAAAAAAAUUGUUUAUCAGUGAACCAAUUUUUUUAUUUUUUUUAAACAAAGUUUCCACCAUUUUAUUUUUGUAUGCAAUCUGCAUAUUUUGCAUUGCUAAAGAGCUCCUUAAAAUUGUAGAAACCAGAUAAAGCUUCACAAGGUAGGAAUAUCGUCGUCUCCCAAGAUAGCUAGGGCAUAAAUGUUCAUAUUCAGGGUGUUAUACUUUUAUAACAAGUCUGUCAGAUGUUAUACGUUUACUCAUGGGAACACAUCAGUAAAAUCCAGUUGACUUUUGACGAUCGUAGCCAUUUUGAAUGAUUCUCGCAUCUUAAAAUAUCAUGUAUCAAACUUGCAUGAAUGCUGAGGGCAUGUAAUGUAAUGUACUGUACUGUACUGUGCAUGGAACAGAAUUCAAAAAAACUUUUAAAAUAAAUAUUACAUUUUUGGGUUUUGUACUUAUCUAAUUUCUGUAGAACAUUCUACCUCUUCCAAGCAAUUUUAAAUAUUUUGAAUGUCAGCCUAAUAACAUUAAUGAUGCUCAAUAUGGAUAGAACGUUUGUAUAAAAUACUACCCCGGUAAUACCUUGUUUGUUUACCUAAAAGGGAAGCUUAUGCUGUGCGGAAACUGUGCCGCUUUGAAUAAUCUUGUGUAACAAAAUAUUCAAAGCAAGAUUUUUCUACUUAAAGGGCGGUGGUCGUCGCACUGCGCAUGUGCAACAUUUGUGUUGAUAAACAUUGAUUUUCCCACAAUCCAAUGCGCUUUUCUAAUGGAAAUCACAAGUAUGAGGUUUUACCUGGGUGCGACUUGCACUGAU